UCCCAGAAUUCUCGAGGACGGCGCUCCAACUAUCGCGAUAGCCCACAUUUGUUAUUUUGCGACCUCCCACCCGCCCCCAACUAACUCGGCGAGCAGCGAGACUUCAAGCGAUCGACGACAUGUCUGAGCCAAUUAGAGUUCUGGUGACGGGCGCUGCAGGGCAGAUUGCCUACUCGCUGCUGUUCAGCAUUGCCAAGGGAGAUGUCUUCGGCAAAGAUCAGCCAAUCACGCUGCUCCUCCUGGACAUCCCGCCCAUGAUGCCCGUCCUGGAAGGUGUAGUCAUGGAACUGCAGGACUGCGCCCUCGCUCUCCUGAGAGAAAUCGUGGCCACCGACCAGGUGGAAGUGGCCUUCAAGGACCUGGACGCUGCCAUCUUGGUGGGCUCCAUGCCCAGGAGGGAGGGCAUGGAGAGGAAGGACCUGCUCAAAGCCAACGUGGCCAUCUUCGAGACCCAGGGAACGGCCCUGGAGAAGUUUUCCAAGAAGACCGUCAAGGUUCUGGUGGUAGGAAACCCGGCCAACACCAACUGUCUGAUCGCGAUGAAGUCUGCUCCCUCCAUCCCCAAAGAGAACUUCUCAUGCCUCACCCGACUCGACCACAACAGGGCUCGCUCUCAGGUUGCGAUGCGCUGCAACGUCCCCGCCACCCACGUCAAGAACGUGAUCAUCUGGGGCAAUCACUCGUCCACGCAGUACCCGGACGUGCACCACUGCAAGGUCAACUUGUCCGGCAGUGAGAUCGCCUGCUUUGACGCGGUCAAGGACGAGGCCUGGCUCAAAGGAGACUUCAUCACUACGGUGCAGCAGAGAGGCGCCGCUGUCAUCAAGGCCAGGAAGCUGUCCAGCGCCAUGUCGGCAGCCAAGGCCAUCUGCGACCACAUGAGGGACAUCUGGUUUGGCACCCCGGAGGGAGAGUUCGUCUCCAUGGGCGUGUACUCCUCGGGCAACACCUACAAAGUCCCAAAUGAUCUCAUCUACUCCUUCCCGGUCCAGAUCAAGAACAAGUCCUGGAAAAUCGUGGACGGCCUGCCCAUCAACGACUUCUCCAAGGCCAAGAUGGAGGCCACGGCCACUGAGCUGAUCGAGGAAAGGGACACCGCAAUGGAGUUCCUGGCCAAGAAGUGACUAGGCUUAGAAGCUCGCCUGUAACAAAGCAACUUCCGUUCAACGUCGUCGUAGUCAUCAUUUGUGCGUGUGUGAUGUGGAAUAAGUGUUUUCUUGUGACUGUGGCGAGGACUGGAACACUUUGGGUACUGUAAAGAAUUCCAAGGGCAGAGUUGUAGCUACGCAGACGUGCUCUUUUGAAAGGUUACAAGCACAAGAGCUUCACAUUUUUUUUUUUUUUUUUUUUUUUUUUUGUUUCUUUUUCGGCUUUGCGGGUUCUGUCCUCCUCCCUAGUCAAGGACUCGAGCGUCAUGGCUGCCCCGACCAUUGCUGUUUAAACAAGUACGAUAUAGCUUUUAUCACCAUGGGUGAGUGCACUCCGAUAUGAGCGUUAGGACGAUCUCGUUUUUCACCUCCAGCUCGUCGUAUUUCACUUUGAACGGCGUUUAAAAACCGACAACACUUGAAUCCCAACGGUUCGUGCUGUAACAAUAAAAGACUUGAACAAUA